AUGAGGACUCUACUCCUGGUGCUCUCUCUCCAGCUUUCUGGUCUUACUCUGUGGGCCCUCGCCAGUGGGGGAGGCCCCCUGCAGAUGCGGCCUGAUGCAUUCUUUGCAAAGGUCCCCUUCCCACAGGUCACCAUCUCCUCCCUGGAUGCCACCCCCUUUGUACUAGCCAGCCCCCAGGGGAACUGCUCUGACCCCACUGUCUCCUGCUUCCUGGCUGGGAAGGAUCUCACAUCCACACAUCACCAUACCACGGAGACAGUGGUUGUCACUGUGGCCCACAAUGGCCAUGCUCACACCCCUGCUGUGGGGACGCUGACCUGUACCACCAAUACUGGGGGUGCAAGCACGUGUGAGCUCUCUCAGGGAAUCUAUUUGCAGAAAGCUGAUGAAUCAAGACAAAGAAAACCAUUUUUCGAGAGACUCAGAAGACUAGAAGAACAGUUCCGGAGAUUUCAAGAGGUGACCCUAACACGUCUCCAAGGGAUUGCAGAAAACUAUAAUGUUUCCUAUAACAUCAACACCAGAUUCCAAAACCUGACAGAUGAGCAUCACACCCUAGCUAUGUCUGUCAGUGAAACUCAGGCAGCGGUGCAAAUGGAUCUGAACCACUUGAAGACCUGGAUGAAGAAGAUUCAGAGAAGAUCCAGGAAGGCGGACUCUAAGCUCUUAGCCUUUGAAAAAUCCUUAAAUGAGAAGAGUAAACAGAGCUCCCAGGAGAAAAUGAAACAGAAGGAGCAGAAUACCCUCCUUGCCAAUCUCACUGGGACCAUCACACAGGAUGUUAGUACCCUUCAGAACAGCCAAAUCCAUGUGCAGACAGAAAUCAAGGCUCUACAGAACGUGAUUCAGCUGCAAGGAGCCAGACUGAACGCCGUAGCAGAGCAGUUGCAGAGAGCUUUGCAACAAGUAGCCUUCUCCCCAAGCCCAGUCACCUCUUCUCCACUCUUGCCUCAGCCUUUGAAGGAGAAGCAGCAGCCAGGCCAGCAGCUGCUCCAUGCCAAGCACAGGCACAGGAAAAAGCUGCAUCAGGACAGGCUGGAGUUAGGAACCCAAACAGAAACCCAGAAAUUGUUUCAGGAUUUGGGGAGACCUCCUCUGGAAGAGAAAGAAUCAAAUACACAAUCUGUCAGACAGACACCUCCCAAUAUAGCUGAAGUACUGAAGGAGCCAAAGCAACCCCAGGCUUCCCAAAAGACAGGAGAAAUUUGCAAUGUAGGGUCCAUGCUUGUUUUCCCCAACACUUCUACUGAGAAUGUGGUCACCUUCAGCCCAGGUUUCCUCACUGGGCUCCGGGAGCUAUCUAUCUGUACCUGGGUCCGGACCUCCUCCAGCUACCUGGGUACCCUAUUUUCCUAUGCCACUGAAGAAAAUGACAACAAGUUGGUGCUGCACGGUAGAGACACCCUGAUUUAUGGCACUAUCCACUUUGUAAUAGGAGACCCAGCCUUCAGGGAACUGCCAGUGGAAUUGCUUCUGGACAGCAGAUGGCACCAUCUGUGUGUGAUUUGGUCUUCCAUCCAAGGGAAAUACUGGUUCUAUGUGGACAGGAGGCUGGUGGCCACUGGCUCCAGGUUCAGGGAGGGCUAUGAAAUUCCUCCUGGAGGCAUCCUGGUGUUGGGACAGGAGCAAGAUACCAUGGGCGGAGGUUUUGACAGCUCUGAAUCCUUUGUGGGAAGCCUGGCAGGCCUGACGGUGUGGGACCGAGCCCUGUCACCAGGUGAGGUCUCAAGCAUCGCCACUGGAAAGGUGCUGCCAAGGAGUGUGCUCUUGACCCUGGCCAAUGCCUCCUCAUUGGAAGGAUCUGUGAAGAAGGUCAUUUGUGCUUGCCUGGAGCACUGCUCAUAAGCUAACACCAGCAAAUGACCAGGCUUUUCUCUGUCCUAUAGCUUUCCCACCCCCAUGCUAAUCCAAAAAGCAUCUCUCUGUUAUCUAAUUUUCAUAAUAACCUUGUAAGAUAGGUACUGCAAUUUUACAUAUGAAGAUCUGAAGCUCAGAGAGAUUAAAUGACUAAGCUGAGAAAGAAAAAUUUGAAUACAAGUCUUUCAAAUUAUAAUUCAAUAUUAUAUACCGUUUUCCCUUUCACUUUCUGGGGUUAGGGGCUCCAUAUGGAAAAUCCACAUAAAAAUUUUGACACCCCCCCCAUACCAGAGAAGUCUGAAUUAUUAUAGCAUUAAAAGAUAAAAUAUGAAGGACACAAUGGUGCAGCUGAUUAUAAACACUGAGCAGAACUUUCUGGCAUAUGGACAACAAAAAAAUAGCCUUUUAAUUUUGGUCAAGUAUAUAGUGUUUCUGUUUGAAACCUCUCCACAGUAAACAAAGCAUAUAUUUUGGCCUCAAAGCUUGAUGGGAUAUAUUAAAAACACAAUCAACAAUACCAUUUAUGAUAUUAUAGACACCUAUGGUAUCUAGGUUUUGAAAGAAAAUAAAAUGAGCAUGAGAGCUUGGGGAGUCAUUCCAUUCUAGAAGUAUUCAGUCCCUUGCAACUUGCAAAAAUUCCUCAUCUGUAUAUGUGUCUCAUGUCCUUUAUUAUCCCUCAUUACUUACAAGGGUCAGAUAUGCCAUCUGAAAAAAAAAAAGAACUUUAGUUUGUUUUUUUUUCUUUGAUGUUUUGAUAAAUAGUAAAGAAGCUGGAGUUGUUAAACUUUACCUCCAGUAAAACUCAGACCUAAUUUAUUUGUUGCUGUGGAAACUCUUACUGCUUUCAAUAUACAAUUAGUAAUUGACUGUUUUAUAUACUUGUUUUCAGUUUUCAUUUCAACAAAGAACCACUGUAAUUAAAGCUAUCAGAAUAAAAUCUCUGAGCAACAAGAAGAAAAAAAAAGAUAAAAUAUGCUGGUGUUAUACAAUAUUAUACAUAUACUUUAUACAUUUCUGAGUUUCUAAACUUUUUCUAUGCUAUCUGAUGGUCAUCAAUUGUCAUCUGUAGCUUCUUGAAAAUUAAAAAAAAUCUGAUUUAA